AUGCUCCAGAGAUCAUCAAUCCUCCUGAUGGUCUAUCGCCCGGUAGCUUCUUCCUUGCCCCAACGGACGCUUGCACAGACUCGCUUCGUCGCAACAGCUCCCACCAACGUUGCCGCCGCCUCCGCUACCUCUGUCUCUAACAUGUCCGGCCUCGAGGUUGCCAAGGACUUUGUCCGCUUUGUCAACGACUCCCCCACACGACCCUGGGUAUCCGAGAUCAAGCCCGGCGGCAAGUACUUCAUAACCCGCAAUGCCUCGUCCAUUAUUGCCUUCGCCGUCGGCAGCAAGUGGCGCCCCGGCAGCCCCAUCGCCAUGGUCGGCGCCCAUACCGAUUCCCCUGUCGGUGUCGAGACCUACGGCGGCGGCAUCUGGCACAGCUGGUUUGAUCGCGACCUUGGAGUUGCCGGACGCGUGCUCGUCAAGACCCCUUCUGGAGAAAUCGUGCCCCGUCUCGUCAAAAUCGAUAAGCCCGUGCUCCGCAUCCCCACCCUGGCCAUCCACCUCGACCGUUCCGCCAACUUCGACCCAAACAAGGAGACUGAGCUCUUCCCCAUAGCCGGCCUCGUCGAGGCCGAGCUGAACAAGGCCGACACGGAGAGCUCCACCCCUGCGGAGGAAGAGAAGCUCUUUGCGCCCUUGGCCGCCGUCGCCGAGCGCCACCACCCCCACAUCAUGCUGCUUUUCGACACCCAAGCCUCGUGCCUUGGCGGCCUCAACGACGAAUUCAUCUUCUCUGCCCGCCUCGACAACCUCAACAUGACGUACUGCACCAUUGUCGCCCUCCUCGAGUCCGCGAGCGACGCCUCUCUCAAGGAGGAUCACAGCAUCCGCCUCGCCGCCUGCUUUGACCACGAGGAGAUUGGCUCCACGUCUGCCCAGGGCGCCAACUCCAGUUUCCUCCCCUCCGUCCUUCGCCGCCUCGCCGCCGUCAAGGGCGUGACCCAGGCCUUUGCCUCCGAGUCCGACUCGGACCCCCUGGAGCCCGAGUCCGACACCGCCGCCGCUUUCGAGCAGACUCUUGCGCGGUCCUUCCUCAUCUCCGCCGAUAUGGCCCACUCCGUCCACCCCAACUACGCCGGCAAGUACGAGUCGGACCAUCGCCCCCUCAUGAACAAGGGGACCGUGAUCAAGGUCAACGCCAACCAGCGCUACGCCACCAACUCGCCCGGCAUCGCUCUCGUUCAGGAAUGCGCUCGCCGCGCUGAAGUGCCUCUCCAACUCUUUGUCGUCCGCAACGACUCGCCCUGCGGCUCCACUAUUGGCCCCAUGCUCAGCGCCAAGAUGGGUGUCCGCACGCUGGACCUCGGUAACCCUCAGCUCAGCAUGCACAGCAUCCGCGAGACGGGCGGUACCUAUGAUGUAAAGCACGCCGUCGACCUCUUCAGGUCCUUUUACGAGUCCUAUAGCGACCUCGAGGAGAAUGUCAUUGUCGUAGAUUAG